AUGGGACCAGGGUCGACGAGUGCGCCCAGAAGGGCGGGGGUGUGGGUGUGUGUCGUCGCUGCAGUGGUGUGGGCGGCGGCGGCGUGCGCAGCGGGCGUGGGCGUGUGGAUGGACGACGGCAAUGGGCGCACGGUUCUGGCUGACAGGCUGGACGCCGAGGAAGCCGCGGAUCUGGCGCAGGACAUGCUGGACCUCCUGGACCUGCCCGCGCCGCCCGCCAUGGUGGGCCACCACCGCCACCAUCACCGCGCCCACCGCGCCCACGGCUCGGCGCCCACCUGGAUGAAGAAUAUCUACAACACCCUCGAUGAGCACGGCCACGCCAACGCGCCCAACAUGGACGACGUGCACCGCGAGACCGUCACGGCGGCGGACACCAUCAUCACCUUCGUCAACAGAGAUCCGCCCACGGGUCGCCCAGCUCACGGCGCCAACAAACGGCUGUACUUCGAUGUGAACGACGUGCCUCUGGACCACUCGCUUCUCGGGGCGGAAAUCCAGGUCCACAGACAGCCUGGUUUCGACGAGGUGGUCACUCUGCAUGUGUAUGUGGUCACCGAUGAACAAGGGAGCGAGUCGAAGGUGGCGCGGGUGAGCCUGAGCGAGCCCGGCUGGGUCACGGUGAACGUCACGCGGCCCGUCCUCUCGUGGCUCAUCUUCCCCGACACCAACUACGGCCUCCGGCUGGCGGUCACGUCGCCCGGAUACAAACACGAGCGGCACUUCCACGAGGUGGGGAUCUCCGGCUCCCACGACGAGGAGGACUACAGGCCCUUCAUGGUCGGCUUCUUCGCCCUCCCGGCCAGUGCCCACAAGAAGAAGCGGAUCCGUACCGCCCGCUCCGUGGCCAGGCCAGCUAUCAGCAAGCCCAGGAAGUACAGGGAUUUAGCGGACAGGCAAGUGGGGUCAGAGACGGCGUGCAAGAUGAAGCACCUGCACGUCUCCUUCCGCGACCUGGGCUGGGAGGACUGGGUCAUCGCGCCUGAGGGCUACGACGCCAACUACUGCGAGGGGCGCUGCAGUUUCCCCCUCCACGCUGAGUUAAACGCCACGAACCAUGCCCUUGUGCAAACGCUGGUGAAGGUGGUUGGCGACGUCGCGGACGAGACCGAGGUUCCCCCGAACGCCUGCUGCGCGCCCAUCGACCUGGCGACGAUACCCGUCUUAUAUUACUCUUUUGAUAACAAUAUCGUCCUGAAGAAAUACCCGAUGAUGAUUGUCAAAACCUGUGGCUGUCAGUAGAAAAUAGAUGUAAAGAGCCAUUUUAUGAUACUGAAUGUAAGAUUUUAUAUAUAUAUAAAUAUAUGUAUACUGCCUUGCAUAUCCUAUCUGUCCGUGUUUACGCUUUUGUUAUAAUAAUCACAGAUUUUGGGUUAUACCUCUUGAUCCCUAAUAGAUUCUUUUCUCUUUGACUAUGAUAUAUAUCGAGUAAUAAAUUGAAUCUAUGUAAAUAGUUUGGCGUGUUUGUGAAAGGAACAAGAAUUAAGAAAGAAAAUAUCCGGAAAAGGAUAUAUUUUCCAAAUAGUUUUUAUUACCUCCAACAUAUAUACUUAACUGAUGAAUUUCACAUUCAGAGUGCAUGUGACAUUUUUUUUUAUUUCAUUUUCAGAUUAUUUGUGUUGCUUUCUCUUCACUGUCAGUGGUAUGAAGAAUAGACUUUUAAUGUUGAUCUAAUACAUUUGCAUUUUUCUAAAUAAUCCACAUAUUCCAGAAAUAUUUAGUGCCUGUACAUAAGAAAAUGUUUUGUAACUAACAGGUAUAUAUUCAGUGACAUAGUUGCAUGUGUAUAAAAUGAAGUUUAAGAAAUUA